AUGUCUUCUAAGAGUGAAUUGAAAAAGUUGUCCGAAGAGAGUUUGACCAGACAGCCAGAAGAAGUGUUUGAUAUUAUUUGUAAACUUGGCGAAGGAUCUUAUGGAUCGGUGUACAAAGCUCUGCACAAAGAGAGUGGCCAAGUGCUAGCUAUAAAACAAGUACCAGUGGAUACUGAUUUACAAGAAAUAAUAAAAGAAAUAUCUAUAAUGCAACAAUGCGAUUCUCCAUACGUUGUUAAAUACUAUGGGAGUUACUUUAAAAAUACAGAUCUCUGGAGCGCUCACCGUACUCAUAUUAUUAACAAUGUCGCGAUCAAAGGACAGAAUAAUGCUGAUGAUUCGGAUGAGGAAGAUUGUAGCGGAACGAUGAAACUUCUCCCAGAAGAUCCGGGUACUCUGGUUCCUGGAGAUCUACCGGAUACUGGAACUCUAGUUUCAACAAUACUCGACUUGGGUACUAUGGUUAUCAAUAGUGACACCGAUAAUGAAGCUACAAUGAAAAGGCACAAUACAGGUUCCGUUGAGUCAGGAAAAAAAUACCGACCCCUAUUUCUCGAUCAUUUUGAUAAAAAAGAAGCUCCAGAAAUUGUCAAGGGCAAUGGCCAGAUCCUACACAACACCGAAGCAGAGAAUAAAGUCGAUCCACCAACUCCGACGGAAUCUCAGAGGUUCCAAAGCCAUUUACAGCUCCAACUAAAUCAAAUAUCUCAUCCAGUGCCUGACCAACCGCAUAAUAAUAUUCCUAAAUUUCAAAACGCAUUCACAGAACGUGAUUUUGACUUUUUAAAGUUCCUCUCGUACGAGGAGCUGCAGCAACGGAUGAUUAGUCUUGACGCAGAAAUGGAACGCGAGAUUGAUGAACUCCGAAGGAGGUAUCAAACUAAGAGACAGCCAAUUCUCGAUGCCAUGGAUACUAAGAGAAAACGCCAGCAAAAUUUCUAA